GGGGCUACUGCUGCUGCUAUCGACUGCUGCUGCUCUUUCUGUGUCGAGUAGAUAUCGGUUACAGCCGUCUAUAAUGGAGCACACGCAAGGAUUGGGGUCUUUCCUUUCUCCCUUAAAGGACUACCUGCCCAGCAUUGCCACCAUCAUUACGGGCGUGCUCAUGCCCAUUCUGGCUGGUGUAGUAGGAGUCUUUUCCCCUCUCCCUGCCUUUCGCUGCCCUUGCACCUCGCCAGAGAAUCAACAAUAUGCAUUGCAUGCUUUAUUUAUACCAUUUUUUAUCAUAGUAGCAGUGGCUUUUGCCGUUCAGCAACCCUCAAGUGCAAAAAUAAUUGCACAUAUAAUGGCAUCUUAUAGAUGGAAUAAUCGUUGCAGUCGAUGUUUUUAUUGUUGUUUUAUGUGGAUUUAUGUCGUAAUUAUAAAAAAUGCGACUGUUAUAUUCGCAUCAUUUGUUUGGAUCAUAUUGGCUUUCUUCAAUAGUGACAUUUACAUUUGUUACCGAUCUGAAACCCUGGAUUGGGGCCGUUUCCCGGUGCUUAAUUCGAGUUUCUCAAGAAUGAGCGAGAAGGAGAGGCGGGACGUGCUGGCCAAGGUUCCAUGCGACAAUCUGAAGAAUCCUUUCACCGGCCUCGUCUCCAACGGCACCGAGCAAGAGAUUAAAAACGAAAUCGUCGACUUUCUCCGUGCUUCUGCUCAGAACCAUGCAUGGGAAUUAUCUUUAAUUAUCACUGUAGAUGUAAUUGUAACAUUUCAUGCACUGAAAAGAUUUCAAAAAAAGUAUUCUAAACUCAUCGAACGUUCACCUGAGAACAACUAUUCAAAGUUUGAGAACCAGUUUAUCAAACAGAAGACGGAGGAGCUCUCGAAGCGUUUGGCGGAGGAGAACGUGAACCUCAUGUUUGCCCAUCUGAAUCGCGUCAGGGAGCAAGGGCAUGGAAAUACCCUCCCAGUCGAUUAUAAACACGUAAACUGUGGUGAAAGCAGCAGUUCCCUCCACACCUGGGCAAAUCAAACAAGGCGAAAGCAACCGCCACAACCGAGUGGCCGAGAGGAGGAUGAAAGUUCACCGCUUCUGCCCAGCGGUGACCCGAUGCAGGAAGAGGACCAGCACGGGUACCAGGCGGUUUAAGCCCAAAGUCUUGUGGAGGUGGCAGGGGUGAAGGGUUAAGACUGAACUAGAACAGGGGCCGGCAACCUGCAGCUCCGGUGCCACAUGCGGCUCUUUAAGUGGCUGCUUCGUGACAUUAUUGACGUGAAUUGAGGCUCUUGAAGUAUUGAGUUUGUUUUACCGAAUUGGAAAAAAAAUGUCUCUUCUUGUUACUUUGGAUGCCGACCCCUGUACUAGAAUGUCACUAUCGUAUGAGUGUUCGUUCUCUUUAGAGCUGCAUUAACUUGUGAUUGCCGAAGGAAUACAUUUUAAGCUCGCACUCAUGACACACAGAUUGCUUGCCACAAAUACACCACAAUACAUUGCUGAUCUCGUCAAGAAGCAUAAACCAUCACGUGAACUCCGGUCAUCCUCGCAGCGUCUAUUGGCUGGCCAUCGAACAAAGACGGUCACCGCAUCGCACGCUUUCAGAUGCACUUAUGCAGCCGUCUGGAACGCUCUUCGUUCCGAUGAUAAGAAGCCACUGGAGCCAUGCGCUUUGAAAUC